AUGGCGAGGUUUUCAGGGAACGAAGCAUCUCUUGAAAACUGUCCAUGGCAUGUGACUUCUGUGGAAAAUGUGAUAGAUGAUGUAGAGAUUCUGGAGAAGUCUGAGAAGAAAUACAUAUUUUCGGAUCUGGGAUACAGUCAUGGUCUUGGAAAUCUAAUGUUCCAAUUGGCUGGUCUUUAUUCAAUUUCUCAAGAGUCUAGAGCAAUUCUUCUGAUUCCAAUGUCAACUUCUCUUCGAAGAGCGUUCGAUUUUCAGAAGAAUUUUAAUAAUUCCAUACAAUUUGUUGAUGCAAAAGUGGCAAAAAGACUAUCGAACGACCUUGAACCGACUAGAAUCACGAUGACGAGUUGCUGCUCUUACCGUAAUCUAACUGCAAUUCUCUUCAAUAACAAUCGGAAAAUUGAGAAAAUUGAUGGAUACUUUCAAAAUUUCCGAUAUUUUCAUCCAGAAUCUGAGAAAACAAUGAAGAAAUUGUUCACGUUUGUGGAUCCCGUCAGGAAAUUGGUUGAUGAAUUUCUGGAGAAUGUUGGAAUUUCAUUGACAGUUCGAAGUGCGAGAAUGAUUGAAACAAACGUGGCGAACGAUGAUCAAGCAUUCGAAAUGCCCGAAGAAGACGCAUUCGCCAAAACAAUGAUUGUGGGUGUUCAUAUUCGUCAUGGAAUGGAUAUUUCAAUGAAUUCAAGAAAUCGAAAACAUGGACACGUGGAUACACCAAUCGAGUAUUACAAACGAGCUAUUGAGCAAAUAUCUAAUGUUUAUGAGAAUGUUGCCUUUGUGAUAUGUUCUGAUGACGUUGCAUGGGCAAGAAGGAAUUUAAAACUGGGAAAAGAAACCGCUCACUUCUUCUGUACGGGACCACGAGAAGUUGAUAUGGCGAUAUUAUCAUCAUGUGAUAGUGUUAUCAUCUCCACUGGAACGUUCGGUUGGUGGAGUGCCUAUUUGAAUGUGAAUGCAACUCCAGAUAUUUACUAUUACAAACACUGGCCUGCUCCCGGUUCCGUGAUGGAGAAGAUGACUAACAAGUCAGAAUAUUUCAUGAAAUCAUGGACUGCAUUGGAAUAA